UUAAAAGUAUAUACAAUUCUAGUACAAAGCUUACGAGUUUAGGAAUGUUUUAUACGAAAUAAAUAAACGAUUAACGGAAAUAUUUUGGAGAUGUAGACAUUUCUCAACCAUGACUACAUCCAAUACUUCAUUAUCUACAACAACCAUCAAUAUGGCUACAUCACAAAUUAAUUAUGGAGAUUAUUAUAAAGGGCUUGCAUUAGCACUUAGUUCAUGUGUAUUUAUUGGUACAAGUUUUAUUGUUAAAAAAAAAGGAUUGCUUCGAGUUAGUCGUACAUCUGGUUCAAGGGCAGGGGAAGGUGGAUAUGCAUAUCUAAAAGAAUGGAUGUGGUGGAUUGGUCUUAUUACAAUGGUUGUUGGUGAGGCUGCUAACUUUACUGCUUAUGCAUUUGCUCCUGCCAUACUUGUCACUCCGUUAGGAGCUAUUAGUGUUAUUGUAAGUGCUGUUCUUGCUUCAAUUAUGCUAAAAGAAAGAUUAAAUUUACAUGGUAAAGUUGGCUGUUUUUUGUGUGUGAUUGGUUCAACAGUGUUAGUUAUUCAUGCCCCUCCAGAAGAAAAUGUUAAUGAUAUGGAAGAACUUUCUGCAAAGUUAAGAGAUCCUUUGUUCAUUGGUUAUACACUGCUGGUGUUGCUUAUUUCAAUAUUUCUUAUUAUUUACGUUUCACCAAAAUAUGGAAAAACAAACAUUCUAGUUUAUAUUGCAAUAUGUUCACUUUUUGGUUCAUUAACAGUUUCUGCUUGUAAAGGGUUAGGCAUAGCUAUAAAAGAAACCCUGGCACAUAACAGUCAAGUUUCUAACCCAAUUGCUUGGAUGUUGCUCAUUGGUGGAGCUUUAUGCAUUAUGGUUCAAAUGAAUUUUCUUAAUAAAGCAUUAGAUAUAUUCAACACUUCAAUUGUAUCACCUAUUUAUUAUGUAAUGUUUACAACAUUUGCUAUAAUAGCAUCUGCCAUUCUUUAUAAAGAAUGGGCUAAGUUAAAUGCAAAAGACGCUUUAGGAUCCGUCUGUGGUUUUUUAACUAUAAUAAUUGGUGUUUUCUUAUUGCAUGCUUUUAAAGAUAUAAAAUUUUCUUUUCAAGAUCUGUAUGGAUCUGUUACAAUAUCAAAAAACUUAACAGAUGGUGAAGCUAAUGUACUUAUAACUGAACUUGAAAGUGAUGAAGAAAAUGACUCCAAUAUCUCGAAUAAUUAUUUAACAAGCAAAUUUUAAGUUUUUGUUGAAUCAGUUAGGAAUUAGUCAA